CACCAUACCAUACGUACGGGUUCGAAGGUUAUUCUAAUAAUAUCUGAAACUUUUCAAUGACUGGGAUUCCGUAGUGUGUCAAUAUAAGGGCCUGACGCAAUACCAAUGAUUCAUAAUGGUUAGAGACUUGAAUAAUCUAGGCGUUCUGGACGAUUGUGCACAUAUACUUGUACACACACCAAGUGAUGUAACAUUAUACUCGUAAACAACAGAAAAUGGCUGCGUGCAUGUGUACCUGCACGCAGACACGUUGAAUCUUUCGUGAUAGCUGUAGCUCAUCUAAGAACAGCAUGGGCACAGCAUGGGGAAAGCCCGAGGGGGACAGUGAAAGUUCAGGCGUAGACGAGUCCUGGCUGGAGGGCACGAAUGUCCGAGAACCACAGCGGAAUAGUCGCCAUGUUGAGACACUGAAGAAAACACACAUUAAGAAAGUCAGACGGAGGCCCAAAUCGAGAGCUUGUUCCCUAGAUGACUCCAAUCGAGAUGAGCACGAUAACGUACGUGCACGUCCACGGCGUCAAGCUCCGGAUCGUGUGGCGGCAGCCAGUAUAUCGACUGCGUCCCAAAACCGUUUUGAUGUGGAGGAAGAUACAAGUGAACAGUCAGAUGACGAUUUCUUGACUAUUGCUCAGGUUGAAAACUUGUUCGAUUACGGACUACAUGAAACUACUGCAGAGGAAGUAGAAGACGGAAUCAAGGAACUUGAACAAAAGAUGAUGAUACAAGGAGUGACUUUAUCUGAUAAGUUCAUUGAUAGGUGUGCUUUUUGGGAUAAGAAGAACUAUUAUACCAGCGGUCGUUCCAUAGACGAAUUACGUGCUUUAUUACAUAAUAAUCCGAAACGAUUUAAAGCUUGUUCUCUUCAGAUCGAAUCAGCUCACAAGGCAGUCUGUGUAUUGUUACGACCGGAAGAAAAGUUAACAUCCAUUGAAAUCAGUGGUCGUUCUAAAUGUGGAAAAUACUUUUCAGAAGAUGAAGUAGUCGUUGAAAUCUUGAACAAUGACCACAGCACGUAUGAAAUACCGCGCUUCCAUAAAAAACUCAAACAAAAUCAAGAUUUCAAAGCAUAUGGAAAAAUCGUCGGAAGACUGUCGUCAAAGCGCUUUCGAAAUAUAGAACACCCAGUUCUCCUUUGUGAAUUAGAUGAUAUCGACUACCAUCUUAUGAGACCAUUGGAUAAAACAGUGCCAAAGAUGCAUGUUUUCAACAAAAAUGUAAAAGGCAAAUUCCAAGUUGAGACAUACCAUUACAACUCAAAGACUAAAGAGUUAAACUUCAGCGAGGUAGUCGACAUCAAUCCUGCCAAAAAACAAUGCUACGUAUUCCUGGUUGUGUACAUACGGUGGGAUGCAGUAUAUCCUCUAGGAGCUGUGAUGAAAAUCAUGAGGACUGACGGAGAUACAAACAAUGGUUUAAAAAUUCUUGAAAUUCAGUAUCAAGUACCGACAACACACAACAAGGACACGGUACAAGCUGUUGACGAAAUCAUGAGAAGAACAACAGAAGAACCUUCUCGUACCAUGCUAGAAGGUCGGGAAAAUUUAACAGACUCGCUUCCUGUCUUUACAAUCGAUCCUCCCGACUCCAAAGAUCUCGACGAUGCACUUAGUCUAAGACGACUACAUAACGGGGUUAUUGAGGUCGGGGUACAUAUAGCAGACGUGGCCAAUUUCGUGCAAAAAGAUGACAGAAUUGACGUGGAAGCAAGACAGAGAGCGACUACGUUUUACCCAGGAAAUGGGAAACAUCCACAUCACAUGUUGCCGAAACCCCUGAGUGAGAACCUUUGCAGCUUGAUUCCACAUCGAUCGCGACUUGCUUUGUCUUUGUUUUUCCAAUUCUCGAUCAACGGUAAAUCGAAUACAGAAAGUCCUUGCAUUAAGAAAACGGUUGUUAAAUCAAGACGCCAAUUCACAUAUGCUGAAGUACAAGACAUAAUACUUGAUCGCACAAAAGACGAAACGUUUUCAGAAGAUAUCAAAACGCUGUUUUCCAUAGCAAGGAGUAUUCGCAGCAGUAGACUUGGUGAAGCGAUGCACGCACUUCCAAUAGAUGUUGACCUCUCUGGGAAAGUAGACUGCGAUUCUCUGUUUGAAUCACCAGAAGCGCACUAUCUGGUAGAAGAAUUUAUGAUAUUGUCAAAUAAAACGGCCGCAGAGUUAGUUUGUAAAUCAUACAAAGACUGUGCAUUGUUAAGAUGUCAGGAUGCACCACCACCUGAAAAGGUAAAUAAAUGGCUGACAGACUUUCCACGGAUCGCUGACAUUGUGCUCAAACUUCAGAACAUUAAACCCAACCCACAAAGACAAUUGAAAAUCGAUAACGCUCCAAAAGCAAGAUACAGAGUUGUCAUUGGCCUACAGGCUUGGCUUUGGACUUUUCUAGAGGAGAAAAUUCGCGAAGGCAAUUUUCGGGAUGCAUGGAAACUCAUUGGUAGCGACGAACUUCAUCCAGAACAGGCGCUGGCUUGGUCUGAAUGGAUACAAUUUCAAGAGCAUGCAGAAUAUAGAUGCCUUGGAGAAAUAAAAAAUCGACAAAAGGGAUUUCACUUUUCUCUUGGCAUAUCACCGUACACACAUUUCACUUCCCCUAUCCGGAGAUAUGCAGACCUGGUAACUCAUCGUCUGAUACAUGCAGCACUUGACAAGCAAUCGACGCCGCCAUAUACCAGAUCCGACAUUGUUGAAAUAUGCAGUCAGAUUAACGACGUUUCAAGGCGAGCAAAGAUGUACGGAAAACAAUGCAAAAUACUACAACACAGUACCCUUCUCAAACGUAGUCCUGUGGUGUUUAACUGUUUCAUUGAUGACGUGUCAGAUCAAAGUAUUGUAUUCCAUGUCCCAGAGAUGCGUCUGUUACCUCAAAGGUGUAGAGAAGUGACACUUAACUUGUUGAAUGUGUCAAGUCAGCCAACGAUUAUCAAAGACAAAGACGAUGAUAGACCGUUUGACAUACUUACACUUGCCUGGCAGAAACGCUUAUACUCUCAUAGAGGCUAUGCUCCCUCAGUCAGAGGUUAUUCAGAUAUUCGUAUUGAUCCGCAUCAAAAAGCGACGUUUCAGCAGUAUUCACGCUGGACUGAUAUUCUGAAAGCUUUGGUAAUUGGAAACACUGAAUCGCUUAAGGAAACUGUCUCUGUGUACUCUGACUUCCAGGAAGGGGACCAACUGAGAUCAUACGUUCCAGCGUGUACAUCGACGGUGAAAGACGUCAGUUCAGAAGUCAGAGAUGGUGUCAUCACAAAGCAUUUCUGUGAGUUCAGUAUGUCCUUCAACCAUGCACAAAUCAUGUCAUUACAAAUUGGCGCAGAGCCUCAGAAAGGCGUUCUUGCGCCGUACCCGGAGUUACUAGAGUUAACAGACAACGUUAAAUUUUGUUUGCAGCACCCACAGGACCCGGUAAAAUACUUGGCCGGGUACGCAACGAAAGCAGUACAAUCUACCAAUUACAAAUCAAUAGACGAAUACCUGAAGACGUGGUUGCCAUUAUUACGCAUGGAAAACACGACACUAGCUGCAAGAGAUGAUUCAGUUACACUGAAUGACCUUCCGGUGAAGUUCAAUGAUAACAAAGGAUCGUUUGUACUGAAAAAGAACUUCUGUGAAGAAAGAAACAUUGUAUACCGUGUGCAAUCUCUAGAUUUUCUUUUGAACGAAGCUGAAGCUGAUGAAACAAUAGAUGAACUAAAAUACGUCGCAUGCUUGGAUUACUUAUGUGUUAAACAUUCGUAUGUAUGUGACAGCAAAGACUGCAAAGGUAUUCCAGGAGCGAAAAGAAUAUGGCUUACUCAUGGUCAAGUGGAAGAGAUAAAAAGUACAAAAGGGGAAAUCGAGGUACAUUUUACGCUUCAUGCUUCAAGCCCGCGACUACCGCAACAGUUACUGACUGGUUCAAGUACCCUUGCUUGCAGUGUGGAGAUCCUCUCCAAACCCGAAUCGGACAGAAGGACAGAAGCUGCUCUGUUGUGUCUUCCCAAAGCGAACGUUGUCGUGCGAGCAGCAGCCAUUGGACACCAGAUUACACCAUUGGAUAAAAGCUACUUUAAACUAGCAAGGCAAAUGGAAACAGAGGUCAAUGUGAUCGGUCUAGCACCCAACAAUCCCAAGCAGCAUGAAGCGAUACACACGGCGCUUUGUAACAGAUUAACCUUCAUUCAAGGACCACCAGGUACAGGAAAGACCUACACUGGCAUCAAACUGCUGUACCUGUUCACCAAGCUGAACAGAGUAUGGUACCAAGAAGGAAAUCCUUUCAGACAAGUUGUAUUCUGUGGACCAUCAAACAAAUCUAUUGAUCUUGUCGCAA